GUCGGUCGAUACGCAGAACAGUACUGAGGGUGGCAUUGUGCGACCGGCAUCUGACUCGUGAGCAUCCCUCACUAAAAUCUCUCUUUUGGGAACCUCAAAUACAGCGUGUGUCUCUCAAAACAUCAUUUUCACUCAAUUAACUUUAUUCAUGUGGAAUUAUAACAAAAAACUCAUGAGUGUUGUUGUGAUGGCCAAAUGAGUGCACCUAUGAUUUAUUUGAUUGGAACACCUUUUGGGAUUUGGUAACACCUAUUGAUUUAUUUAGUGAACACUCUUAAAUUACUUUUUUUUCUUUGUGUUGAAAAUAGAAUGAACUGGAAUUUCAAUUGAUGUGACACUUCUUGGUGAACGUACAGUUUCGAAAAUGCUAAAACAACCUGCGAUUUAUUCUGCAAUACCUAAUAAGAUUGGAUAGCAACACCUAUUGGCUUUCUAUAAUACAGUGAUAUCAAUAAUAAGAAAAUGUUUGUGAAGGUAAAUAGAGCGAAAUGGAGAGCGAUGCCAAUCUUAGCGUUCAUCAAUAGUUUUUAGUGACAAAAAUACUAAAACACUUAGGAUUUAUUGGGUAACAAUUUCUUCUAUCAAAUUGUUUUCUAAAUUGUAUCCAUAAUACGGAUGUUUUUAAGACGGUAACAGAGUAAGUUACAUUUAAAAAUGAAAGUUAUUAAAAUAAAGCUGCAUGCAUGAUUUAAUAGAAUGAUUAUUGUAAGACGUUUAACCAACGAUCGACAUAUAUAUUCAAUGUAUUGCUAUAUAAAAACAAAUUCUAGUUCGGAAGUAAAUUUAACAUAAGAUGAAGUGCCCUUACCAGAAUUAUUUUUUCGAUAUCGAUAUUUGAAUGUUUCAAAAUGUGUUGUUAUAAACUCUAUAUUUUCUCAAUUUUUUAAAGAAAUAUGUUAAUAUUUUCAGUCAGGAAACCGUUCUUUAUUUCAACAGGUUGAAAUAUAAUGUUUAAGUUUUUUUCCCUAAUAUAUUCAACUCCAGCUUUUAGAAUUCAUUGAUAAACAACGGAUAAGUAAAAUAAGGGGAUAAUUAUUAUAAUAUCAAAUAAAAGCAGAAAAUAAUUUCUAUGUCUUUUGGAAGGUUUGUAGAAAAUGUUCUAAACAUUUCUGCUUACUAAUUUCUUGGAAAAUUAUUAGAUUUCAAUUAUUUAAUGUAAACUAUUUUACACAAAUGCAAUUACAUAGAUAAGAACUACUAAAUUCUAUUUUCCAAACAUGCACGAAUAUUUUUCGUUUUUAUUCAAUUAAUUGUAAUUAAUUUAUGAAUAUUUUCAACUGAAUCCCAAAACUAUAAAACUUUAACAUUCAGUUUUAUUUUGUCUGGAAGUUCAAAAUUUUAACAAUUUGAGUAAAUUUUAAUAAGUGAAAAUAUUUUUUUCAGUUAACUAUAGUAGAAAUAAUAACAUUGUUAAAUUCAUAAUCCCCUUUACGUGAUUUUGCAAACUAAAUAAAUAAUAUUUGCAAGAAUAAAUAAAUAAUAUUUGAAAGAAUAAACAAGUUUGUUUAUAUUCCUUAUCAAAAAUGGUUUUUCGUUCAAUAAAAGUGCAAUAUAAUUUAUAUAAAAGCAAUUCAAAAACAGUACUUAUAUAAUUAAAAUAGCAAUACUUGAGAAUGUCUUAAUUGUCUUAAAAGAAUACUUUAUCUCCAUGUUCUAAAAUAUCUUACCUGUUCUUCAUGGCAAAAGAUUUAAUUAGCAUUUAAGAGCUUGGUAAUUUUCCUUAGUGAACGAACAGCAUUGGCCACCCCAAACACUGUAAUCAAAACAAAGCAAAUAAGAUUUACUUAAAAAUGAAAAAUUAAUUGCUUUAAACAGACUUUUAUUCUUUCGGACUAAAACUUCCAUAUUUCAGGAAUGACUAUGCACUUCAUUAAUAACAAUAACAUUUAAAAAAGAAAAAAAAGAAUAGUUUAUACUUAAAUAAUUUAUUUGUAAUCAGUACUUUUUCCAAUUUUUUUAAAAUUGGUAAUUUUGAAAGAUACUCAAUUUCCCGUUUCAGUUUUUUUACAUGUAAUGAGAUUUAACGUUUUAUGCCUAAGUUAUAAAAUCAUUCACCUUUGCAUUGUUUAUCUAAAAUGUGUAUACAUUUCACUCAACAAAUUAAGCUAUAACUGAAUGCAAAUAAUUUAAAAAAAUCCCAAGCAGCUAUCAAACGCACAUCCAGUUUAGACUGAUUUUUACAAGCAAUCAAGCGCCAAAUCUAUGAAUUCAAAGUAAUGUUCAAUUAAAUUAUCGCCAUAUUGGCGAAAAUGAUUUUUGGCUGUUUUUUUAAAACCAGUAGGUUAUACCAGAUAGCAAUGAUUCCAGAUACUUCUCUGAAUAUCGAUGAAAAAACAGUGCUAUAAUCUCGAUUAUAAAAACAUGCAAUAAUAUAUAAGAUAUUGCGGUGGAUUUGAUUUGUAAUUCAACCAUUGUUAAACUGAUUUAGGAAAGACUGCUUUAGGAUUAGGAUUUGACUGCUCUCUUAAGACAGAUUUAGGAAAGAAAAGGCUUAACUAAUGUUUGAUGGCGAAUUAAGUUUUAAAACAGAUUGCUGAUGAAAUAGCGCGAGGAAUAAUAAGUGAUGAUCAACGUUUCAGUAUUAAAUUUUUAAGUUAGAAAAGUACGUUCACUAAAAGACUCGUUUAGCAUUUAAUCAAUAUGAAGAACUCGAAUGGGUGAAUUAAACGAACAAGUUUAAGCAUGUUUUAGUUUGAAGAAUGCGUUCAGUCAUAAAAGCAUGUUCCAUCUUGAUUUCCAACAAGAUGUGUACCAGAAAUAAAUAUUUUGAAUUUAGGUGUUCAUUUGUCGAAAUGGUAACUUCCAGCAUUUGAUUUAAAAGGAGUGUUGUUAGAACUUUGAGAACCGAAACUGAUUCCAUCAGGAAUAACUAUGAUCCGGAUUCGUGUACCGCUGGUCCGGCCCUUGGUGCGUUGCACAUUCAAACGCCUUUUGCGAGUUCUGCCUUCGAUUCUUCUGCUUCUAUUUGUUUUUUCUCUAAUAUUUGUAACUCUCAUGCAAAUUGCUGUUAUACACUCACACAGAAGAGGUCACUUCGUGCCUGGUCGACACGACCCUCUCAGCAACUCCACCCUUCUACCCCCGACAGGGCACACCAUCCUGGGGGUGCCCAGUCUACAACUUCCGAACAGUGUGACAAGGCCCGUUCCCCACAAGAGGCCGGAGACACUGAGAGUGGAGGCCUUUUUAGACAAGUCAGCUCCCACUCUCGAGGCUAAUGCGGUUAUUGUGAAAAAUAUGAUCCACUGUACCAGGGUCAGAAGGGUGCUGGACUUCCUGGGUGCUCGGACAUCCUCCAGGGAGAAGGUGCACGUGGUUGAGAAAUUGUCAUUUAAGGACGACACUGUGUUUGGAAUGAAGAAGCCUUGUUGCUCGGAUUAUGUCAAAUGGCAUAAAAGAAAAACAUGUCCUUCUGUGCCUCCCCUAGCCGGCAGACUUCGGGUCGAUGUGUCUUUCCAUAACAGGACGGACGUCGAAGACUUGUUGCGCCGGAGCCCUUACAUGAGGGGACGGGGCUCGUGGACGCCCCAUCACUGCGCCCCUCUCUUCAGGGUAGCUAUCAUUAUCCCUUAUAGGGAUAGACUAGAACAUCUCACCACCCUCCUAUACACCCUACACCCUCUCCUUCAGCGACAACUCCUGGAAUACAGGGUGUACGUCGUUGAACAGUGGGGAAAUGAUACAUUCAACAAAGGUGUGCUGAUGAACGCAGGAGUGCGUGAGGCUCUGAAAGAUUCUGACUUCCAAUGUUUCGUCUUCCAUGAUGUCGACAUGAUACCGGAGGAUGACAGAAACCUUUACACCUGUCCACCCUCACCACGUCACCUAUCAGUAGCCGUCGACAAAUUCAACUACACAUUACCGUACGCAUUACUGGUAGGAGGAGUAUUUUCCAUCAAACUGGAACACUACCUGGCAGUGAACGGAUACUCUAACCUGUACUGGGGUUGGGGGGGUGAAGACGAUGAUAUGGCAUACAGGAUACGGUUCCGAAAGUUGGAUAUCAUUCGACCUCCAGAAGCACUCGCCAGAUACUCCAUGAUCAAGCAUGAACACAGACCUGAAUCUCCAAACGCCAUCAGGUCGGCGUUGUUGAGGAUGGCGAAGAAGCGUUCGUCGAGAGAUGGUCUCAACACAGUGAAGUACAGAGUGUUGUGGAGGCAUGAACAUUUAUCUUAUUCACAUCUCAUGAUCGAUAUCGGCAAACACCACAGGUGGCAGUUCCUCAACGGACAACGUCUUGUAAUAAACUUCUGACCCUCCUUU